UUAGCCUGUCAGUAUCAUCGACAUUUGUGUCACUAUAUAGGAGGUUCAUUGUUUACGGUUUCUAUUGAACACAUUCUCAGUAUUAAAAUGUUAGUUACCAGAUCGUAGUUACGGUAACGUUGGUAUUUCCUUAUAACAAAAUCGAUUUCCAAACGUGUGUACAAGCUAACCAGUCAUACAAAACAACUAACCGCCAGUGAAUAGCGUCAACAAAGCGGCCAUGUUUACCACCAGAUCCGGUGUACUCAGUUUAUAAAGUUAUAUCCAGUGGGGAGGAUAAGGCUACACGUCGGUGGAGAAGGAUUCACACGUUAUGGUAUACACCACCUGAAGUGGACUACGCUUUAUUGUGAUAUAAGUGACAACAAUCAACACAGGUUGACCAUGGUUCACGGCGGUGGGACCUGUUCUGGUGGUAGUAGUGGAGGAUACAGCAGUAAUCACACAUACGUAUCUACUACUCACUUCCGUCACAACGACACGCCAGGCACACCACUAACCUGUGACGACUUUAAGCGAUGCUGUCUGUGUCUUGGUCUGUGUUUUGGAUGCAGAGGCAAGAAUAACUUCCACAGGAUAUUCAGAAUUUGGGGAUGGAUUGCGGUCUUGUCUUUAGUGACAGGUUUGGCUGUCGGAUUUGGGAAAUAUGGUCCUACUGCCAUCCCCGCCAGCCCUUCAGAUAUGAUCCCUUUGACACACGGGAUUCACUCGUCCUUUUGUGAGGGUGUAAUAGUUGAUACAACAUUUCCUGUUAAUACGUACCUCCUACCAUCACCACCUAUUGUGUCGACAAGACAGGUGAAACACACCAUCAAUCAGACGGCAGUAGUUGUCAGGAAUAGGUAUGAAUACUGGGGAUUUUACCUGCUUUCUGGCUCCAAAAUAGAAAUAGACAUUUGUGGGGACAAUGACGGGGAUUUGUAUCUCAUCAAAGGUGAUUCCAAAUUCAGCUCGUGGAAGGAGGAUAACUAUGACCCCGGGACAUACAAAAAGACUGUACGUACAAAGUUAUGUAAAUCACCAUCCCAUUCCAGGACUAGACUAACCUACAGUGUCGCGCUCACUGACGAGUUCUACAUAGUUUUAACCAAUCAUAACCGCCACCCGUUGAGUGCUAGUAUCACAUUCAAUAUAAACCGUGCAGUGUUCGUUUUAGGAGACGGAACAGAAGUUUGCCACAAGUCCCUGAAGUGUCACGUCGACCUCUCGGGAGAUAAUGCAGACGGAUCUAUUGUGGUCUACGUACCAGAAUCUGAUGAUUUUGACUUCGACGUCAAAACAGUGUGUUUACGGCGUUCUUCGGUGUUCAUUGCUAUAUUUCUGAUCGUACCCUUGGUUAUAGGACUUCUAAUAACAGGAUAUCUGGUUUACAUAACACGUAGAUCUAACUCACUGAUCAGAUUCGUUUAUAAACGUGAAAAUCACCCUCUAACAUCUGUCCCGUCUGCUACCCAAUAUCAGACGCUUGACAAUGAUACACGAACCGAGCCAUCUGCUCCAUCCUACAGCGACGAAAUGGAGGCCCCGCCUUCCUAUGAUCAGGCAGUAAAGUUACAGCAUAGAUGAGCCGGCAGACUGUUCUCAAUAACUCAACAAUUCAACUGUUCUGAUAAGCGGUUAUACAUAAUACGUAACCCAAUAUGUAUUUAUUUAUGACUCUUGUUUCAUGUAAAUGCUACAUGACAAACAUUAAUUUAUGAAAUUGUUGAUUCGUAUAUACGCACAGUGUCGCAAUAUAUGCAAAUAUUUUACAUGAAUGUUGUUUGAUUUUCACUUAAAUCGAGCAAUACAGUGUCUUGGAAUAGAUUUGCUUUUUUACAUAAAAUCCUCUAUGAUUCCAGCCGUGUUAUUGUCUAGCAAAGUCAUCUGGACAGAACGUUAGCUAGGGUACCAAUGGCCCUUCCAACGUUUGAUAACAGUACAUUAUCUGCAACACUUAUCCAACGUUUGAUAACAUUACAUUAUCUGCAACACUUAUCCAACGUUUGAUAACAGUACAUUAUCUGUAACUCUUGUCCAACGUUUGAUAACAGUACAUUAUCUGCAACUCCUGACCAACGUUUGAUAACAGUACAUUAUCUGCAACACUUAUCCAACGUUUGAUAACAGUACAUUAUCUGCAACCCUUAUCCAACGUUUGAUAACUGUACAUUAUCUGCAACUCCAGUCCAACGUUUGAUAACAGUACAUUAUCUGUACUCUUGUCCAACGUUUGAUAACAGUACAUUAUCUGCAACUCCUGACCAACGUUUGAUAACAGUACAUUAUCUGCAACACUUAUCCAACGUUUGCUUAUAUAUAGCAAAAUUACUAGCAAGAUCAGAGGAAGUUCGUUCCAAAGGUGAUGUGCGUACAGCGUAUUCACCUUUCCUUGAAGUAAAUUAUUAAGAAAAUAAUGUCCGAAAAGAGCACUCGUUCUGUAAGACUGGAAAAAUUAGAUGCACGACGUCAGCACAGAUAUUGUACGACGUUGGCAAUGAUAAUGUGUACGUGAAAAUCGACGAUUGAACUAGUUUCCGUUGGUAGCAAGAAAUAAAGAGGUAUUUCCAUCUUUUGUUCAAUUUAGUUUUUAUCUAUUUCCAAUACAUAGCAAGUGUUGGUUUACAAUUGGCCUCCUACUCCCAUAGAAACAUUUGGGAUUCAGGUCACUUCUUUCAUUUCUUAUUAUUCUAGAAGAAUUGGCUUGAGAUGAUUGUAAGUGGUGAUCAAUUUGAAGCCCUUUUUGAUGAAAGUGUUCUCCGGGGCCCAUAUGUGAGUGAUACAGACAAGACAACAUUGCAUUGUCCACAUUAGAAAGAUCAAGGUUAGAUAGUUGUCAAACACAAUGUGACAUAGAGGGGCGACAUGCUACUCUACUGUGUCCCGAUCACACUAGGCAGGGAUACCAUUUAACUUUGUUCUUGGGGGGUCUUUCGAUAUGUGGACACCGUCGACCUUAACAUGCUAAGCUAUAUUUUUGUUAUGCAUUAUUUGUUGAUAGACUGUUGUUUGAAACAUCACAAUCUAAAACGUUUGAUUAUAAUAGCAUGAUUUAUAAAAAUGUUGAAAACAUGGGCACAUCGCUUCAGGAAGCAUUGUUAUCUAUUCAUUAUACGUAUUAUCAUACGUAAUAUGCAUAUUUAACUCCAACGUUGAAUUGGUCCAUAUUACUUUGAUAAAAGUACGUUUCUUGACUGUAACAUAAACUACCCAGGAUCUAUAUUAGUUAUCCUCGGCAUUCGAAAGUACAAUCGCACAGUUUACAGUAUACACUUUGUGAUGUACAUUACAUUUGACUAAUUCAAAAACAUCUGUACGGAAGAAAGUGCAAGUCAUAAGCAUGUUUAUAUGCACAUCAUUUUAUGAGACUGUGAGGAACAUACUUUGUUCACGACUUCAGUGUUUUUAUGAGGCUGUACAUACCAAUGUCAAGUUGUCACUUAAAUGUGUUCUUUACUCAGGCUUUCUCAUUCACAUUUCAGUCGUCAUGUACACAGGUGGGAUGCGCGUUCACAGAAAUUUACGUUCCGCUGAAGCGAUUAUGCAUUAAUUAUGUUUUUAAUGACACCUCAUUAUCUAACAAUAGCAAGUGCAAUAGUUAUUCUAUCGCAUAUAAUUCAAUCGUUUAAGGGAUUUCCAUUCGCUCGCUACUUGACCGAUCAAAGAAACAAAUAUGUGUGAUUCGAUAAGCAUAUGCAGAUUUCCACUGAUCUAUCUAAUUCAAAUAUAAGACAAAACAUGACAAUAUGUCGGAUAACCCUCUUAGGAGCCCCUUUUACCAUGGUAUAUCGGGUAACUAUGAUAGGUGUGUAACUCUAUGCGUCAUGUACAUGUGACACUCGCUUCACAAGAGAGCUGGAAUGCUUAUAAAAGAUUUUAAAACGCAUUAAACUUGUCUCUUUAUUUUGCCGUAUUUAUCGUAUUUUAUGCAGGAGGGAUUUUACAACACUUCUCUCGAAACUGUCAUACUAAACAAAUUCACUUUUGAAUGAUGAAAAUUAAUCAGUACGGAGUAAUACGAAAUUUUAUUAUAUGUAUUGGCUUUUACCUAAAUAUAAGGAAUAACAUUAAAUUAUUUAAGUAUUUUACUGUCAGUUUGGUUAGUUGUUUUUUAGGAUCUAAAUGGUACUGACCAACUUCAACAAUUUGAAGAUAAUUGUUCGACCUGGGGGAAUCACUUAAGCAGUUUUGAGUAAGCAAUUGAACAAUAUCCUUUAUUAAUCAUUAACAAUACAAAGGGGAUUCUUUGUCUUAACACAAACCUCGUCUAUAUAGGGAAACAUGAGUAGCAAUUUGUAUCUAAAUUUGCAUCAAGAAAAUUCAUAAUAAUGUUUAAAGUAGUUUUCUUUCAUAUUUUAAUGCAUUAAUUGUUUUUUCAAAUUCCUAAUAUUGCUCUCUAAAAACGACAAAAACACAGUUGUGAUUUAGACAACGAUUGUAAUUUCAAAUGAAUAGCUGUUUUUUAUACCAUCUCUUAAACGUCACAUCAAAACCAGCAAGGUUCAACACUUUCACGAGAAUAUGUGACGUUUUUAAUACGAAACAAGGUUUAGCCGUCUAAUUUGGUUUAUCAUUUUAUACGAUUGUGAACGAUGUUUGUGAAAGGUUUAAACACUGUUUUAACAUCGAUCGAAGUAAAAGGAGGGGUUCAAUGAAGAUCUGAAUCAUAUGCUGUGGUGAAGAUUGCAUCACUAACUGUAUUACACUGUGGACGAAAAGUAAAAACAAAACAUGGAAUGUGAUAUUAAAUAAUAAUUUUAUUAUGCCAUAUAUAUUUAAAACAAUUAAAGUAAAAGCAAAUGUCCUUAAUCGAAAGAUAUAUAAUUGUCACGAAUAACAAUAAACAAGACGGUUGUCACUGGACGUGAUGCACUCGUCAAACAUCUUAACAUUCACAUCAGAGCACCCCAGUAUGAACUAUAAAUCGGUUUGAUUUCGUGAGAAUUGAGUAUUGAGGGAAAAAAACAUGCUCUAAUCCCGAAUUCAGACAUUCGCGAAUAAGUAUACCCUACCGAACAUAAAGACAUUGUUAUUUCUGGUAUAUCAUAACACUGUUAAACAUGUCAGUAGAGAUGUGUUGUAUGCCACUUUUUAUCAAGGUUUUUUAGUCGAGAUGUAGAAAGCUUCUUAAAUGUUUUGAUGACAAUUUCAGCCUUAAAAAGGUAUUUGCUUGUUAUGUUGUCAUGGUAAUUACAACAAUGAGAAAGAUAUUCCGUACAAACGAUACGUUUUUUCUUAUCAUAACAUGAUUGACUCGAAUAUAUACUGUUUGUAGAAGAGAUCGAUUGAGGGAGGAUUAUAUCUAACUUCCACGAUAUUGUAUCUCGUGUAUACAAAAAUUGAAAGGACAUUCAUAUGAAUAAAAUUGUCAACUACCAUCACAUAUAACCACCACCGUGUUGGCAGUACGUUACCUGGAGUAUUCGGGUGUAUAUUAAACUCCAUGUAUUUCUCGUGAUGCCAAGUAAAGGUUAUUUUUAAAUUAACAUUUUAAUUGUUGUCUCUUUUUUUAAUGUAAUUGGGAACUUGUACAGUUUUAGUAGAACAGUUAAAUCAGCUUCAAACUCUUUUAAAACGAAAUUUGCUUUAAACAAUCGCCGUUACAGGUUCAAAAAGGACUGAAACGCAUAUCGACUGCAACCUGAUAUUUCAUGUAUAAUCAUCCAUGGAGGAAAAUACAGUGUUCCAUAGCCAGGUCCUGAAAUCAAAUAGCACUUACUGUACAAUCACAAUACACCGUGUUACUGUUAUGUAAGAGAAUCAGACACAAACACUUUUUACUACACUUGUACAAGUAAUACAUAUAUUCAAAACUUAUGAUUGUGAUCCAAGAGGUGCACGGCCCCCUGUGAUGGAGAUAUCAAGUAAUACUGAUUUUAUUAACCCGGGUACCGUGAUAGAAAUAAAAAUAUUUAUUUACAUAGUUUAUCCAGGCCUCAAUGUAAUAACUAAUCAAUUUCUUAUGAAUUUAUAGAUGUGAAGUCGGGAUAUUAUUUUGAGUUAAUAUGAGUUUUUAGUUAAUAUGUAAUAACCAAAUUUAGCAUGAAGACUUUAAGUGAAUUAUAUUUGAAUACCAUUGUAAAUCUAAUGUAAAUAGAAUACCAUCAGCACAUUAUAUCAAAGGAAGCAUAAUUGGAAAAAAAAACGUAAAUAUCAGCUUAGAGUGACACGCAACGUAUUUUGCCCUAUCUGUAAUAUAUUCAGAAAUACUCAACCAUAUCCACGCUGGAAACUAUGCUGACCUCUAUGGCCAAAUUGAAAUUGAUAAUAUUAUACAAGCCACAUAUAGGCAUCACAUUACAUGAUAGCAAUGUUUUAAGAGGAAAGAUCUUUUGUUGACAUAUAUGACAACCUGUGAGGUCCUUUCAUUAGAGCGUUCCAAUGAAGUACACGCGAUAAACGUAAGGUAGCAUACUAUAGGAAAUCAACUUCCUCGUGUAACACAAUCAUUGAACAUGCACGUGCAAAUAACACAACUCGAAGUACACGCGUGGCAAACUAAAAACAGCUCGCAAAAACGCUGACGAGCGUGAUUAAAAGGUUUUAAUAUUUUUUGAAAUAAUGAAAAACAGUUUAUGAAUUACAGUUAAGACCCAACCUACCAAUUUGAA